AUGCCACACCGGAUCGAUGAACAAAUGGCGUCCUUUUUUGAUACGGAAUUAUCGGCCAGCAUCAUGCAGCGGCGGUCUUGUGCUGCGAAAAAUAACCGCCACACGAAGCCACCCCCGCAGAAGCUGCAGGAGCGACAAGAAGAUGAGUUGCCGCCGUCGCCUUUUUUUGAUGCCUAUGUUGUCUUGGACUUUGAGGCGACAUGCGAGCGUAACAGACGUUUAGAAGAGCCGGAGAUUAUUGAGUUCCCCAUGGUGUUGAUUGACGCCCGAAGCCAUCGCAUUCUGACAGAGUUUCAACGGUACGUGAGGCCUGUCGUCAACCCGAUAUUAUCGGAUUUUUGCACAGAACUCACUGGCAUCAAGCAGUCGGUUGUCGACGCGGCAGAAACAUUCCCUUUGGUGUUUGACGCGGCACUGGAGUUUCUUCGUGGUAGUGGGUACGGUGAGGCACCACCGUUGCGUAGUUAUCUCUUUGUGACUUGUGGAGAUUGGGACCUGAAGACGAUGCUGCCAAGCCAGCUGCGGACGACGGAAAAGACCGGCACGGCAAUUGUCGCCCCGUCCACCUUUAGGCGAUGGUGCAACUUGAAAGUACCCAUGCGAACCAUCGUCCCUACGAAGGCGCGUGGCAUUUUUGACUUGAGAGAAAUGUUGGCUGCCGUGGGUCUUCCUUUGAAGGGCCGCCACCACAGUGGGAUCGAUGACUGCAGGAACAUUGCAUCAGUUGUACAAGAACUUCUGCGGAGGGGGCAUGUCAUUGCACCGACGACAGACCACAGCGGAAUUCGGCAGAGGGAGAGUUCUUUGUCGCGUGCGGAAGACAGACCGCUGACGGGGUUGCGUGGGGGGACAC